AUGCUUCAAGCAAGACAGGAAGGAACCGAGUUGUAUGUUGGAGUCCAUUCAGACGAAGAAAUACUGAAACACAAAGGUCCAGUGGUAAUGAAACUACCUGAACGGGUGAUAGCAGUAGAAGGAUGCCGUUGGUGCACUAAGGUUGUUCCGAAUGCUCCCUAUGUUACAGACCCGCUAGUGAUGGACCAAUAUGGGUGCAAAUAUGUCGUACACGGUGAUGAUAUAACCACUGAUGCUGACGGCAAAGACUGUUACCAAAUUUGCAAGGACCUGGGUAGAUUCAUCGUGGUCAAACGUACACCAAACAUCAGCACCACUGAUCUGGUGGGAAGAAUGCUGGAUAUCAACUCCCAUCAUCACCAGGGUCCAAUCAGCUUAAAUCACCCCAUAACUGAUAUAAGGGAAAGGGUGCAGAGCUAUGCGAGUGACCCCAGUGGGCGAGACUCCUAUGCCGGGGUAUAUUUCAAUAUCGAAGAGUCUUCCACUCUGCAUGAAUUUGUCUCUCCCAAAAAUGGGUACCAAAAGGUUGUGUUGGUAGUGGGAGAGUUUGACCUUUUUCAUCCAGGCCAUAUCAAGUUCCUGCAGGAGACUCAAAAAUAUGCCCGUUCCAACGAUGCCAAGGUCAUUGUGGGCAUAUACGACGAUGCAACUGCAAAGAAUGCCAAUUAUCCAAUCAUGAAUCUAGUAGAACGAUCAUUAUGUGUGUUGCAAUCGAAAUACAUCGAUGGACUUGUGAUUGGGGCUCCCAAAGUAUUAGAUACUGCAUUCUUGGGCAAGAUCCCAGGUAAUGUGAUAAAAGUGGUAGUUAAUGCAUCAGAUCUGCCAUCCCAAGCACAGUUGUUGGAUCCAACUCUCGUCCACGAGCUAUCAGAGUAUGAAUACUCAGACAUGACAACCUCAACAAUAGUGAACCGAGUAUUAGAUAAUCGGGCCGAAUACGAGGAACGUCAAAGGAAAAAGGGUUGGAAAAGCGAGCUAGAGCAACAGCUCAAACAAGAAGUGGCCUACAAUAAAUAG